CCUCAAAUCCGAGCAAACCCUACCGAUUCGCCAUCCCGAUUCCUCAGCAUUCGCUCAUCCACGGCAAUGCCUUCCAUCGCCAAACGAGGCGGCUCUCCGAUCUCCCCCGCCCCCAAGAAUCUCCCGGAGGCUCUCGCCGGCUCCGACGGCGACUCCACUCCUCAGAAGCGGAAGCUCAGAUCCCAUGCAUCGGCCGCCGCCGCCGCUCUCCGCGAGGGCGGAGCCGUCGAUCCGGCGGCGAAGAGAGUGUCGCCCCGUCGGUGCCUGAAUCAGAGCCCAAACACUCCUCCGAAAAGAAUUGAGAAAGCAGUUGCCGAUAAGCCCUCGAAACUGAAGAAAUCGCCAGCCAAGGGAUUGCCUGAUAGUCUCGUCGCAGAUAGCAAAUGGAAUCCGAGAGAUCCUCAGCAGAUGAGCGCAGCGAAGGAAGCGCUUCACGUGUCAACGCUGCCGCCAUCUGUAUCUUGCCGAGAAAAUGAACAAAAGAUGAUUGUGGAUUUUUGCAAGGGAUGCAUCGAGCAUGGGAAAGCCGGCAGCCUAUACAUCUGUGGAUGCCCUGGGACAGGAAAGUCCUUGUCCAUGGAAAAAGUGAAGGAGCUCGUACUGCAAUGGACACAGGAGGCAGGCCUUCAGCAGCCAGAAGUUUUAGCUUUAAACUGCACUUCUCUAUCCAGCACAUCAGAGAUCUUCAGCAAGAUAUUAUCCAAGUACCAAUUGCCGAAAAUGACAAAUAAUCGUACCUCAGCUUUGCAACAGCUUCAGAAAUUAUAUUCAGAGAAGCAACAAUCCAGAAAGAUGAUGCUAAUUAUUGCAGAUGAGUUGGAUUAUUUGAUCACAAAAGACCAUGCUGUGCUUCAUGAUCUUUUUAUGCUCACCACUUUCCCAUUCUCUAAAUGUAUAUUAGUAGGAAUAGCAAAUGCAAUAGACUUGGCAGAUCGUUUUCUACCGAGGCUUCAAUCCUUAAAUUGCAAGCCUACCAUUGUUACUUUUCGGGCUUACUCCCCAGUGCAGAUUGCCAGGAUUCUUCAAGAGAGACUCAAGGUGCUCCCUUAUCCUGUAUUUCAACCACAUGCCCUGGAACUCUGUGCCAGAAAAGUUGCAGCAGCAUCUGGAGACAUGCGGAAAGCACUUUGUAUUUGCAGGGGUGCAAUUGAUAUGCUAGAGGCGGAGCUUCAAGAGUCAACAAGGAGCACAUAUUUGUCGAUGCAUGAUGAGGACAAGGGUCAGCAAGCAGUCACAAUGCCUGAAUUCUCAAAACUGCAAGAAAUAGAUGCUGUCAGGAUAGAUCACAUGGUUCUUGCAUUAUCCAGAACAUUCAGAUCACCAGUGGUGGACACCAUUCAGAUUCUUCCACAACAUCAACAGAUUAUACUUUGCUCUGCUGUGAAACUUUUCCGCGGUCGGCAGAAGGAUACAACUGUUGGAGAGUUAUACAAAAGUUACCUGGAUGUCUGCAAAUCAACACACAUACCUGCAGCUGGAUUUCUGGAGUUUUCUAGUAUGUGCAGAGUCCUUAAUGAUCAGGGUCUUCUCAAACUAGGUCAAUCUCGAGAAGAUAAAUUACGAAGAAUAGCAUUAAAAGUUGAUGAAGCAGACAUUACAUUUGCAUUGCAGGGAGUUCGUUUCUUCCGAAACUGUCUUCAGUAGUGCUACAAAUGGUGGCCACAAACUCAUUAUUCCUCAUCAUGUAACACAAGGCUUUAUUGCUCUUCAUUUAUCUGGUCACUCUAAUUUCAAGGUGCCUUCUAUUUCCCAUUUCAGCAUCAUUGUUACUAGUGUUUCCUCCGUUAAGAAGCUCAACGGAAAAGCAUCAAGUGGAGCUCAAACAGAUUAUGUACAGAAGUUAUUUCAGACGUACAGGAAGGAAGAACUCAAAUCAUACCGGAUAAAAUCAAUCAAAAUUUUGAGUAUAGCUCUGAAGAAAGUUUUAAUUUUGUUUGCCUCCUAUUAGAUGAAUAAAUAGCCAAAGGAAAAAAAAAAAUACUGCA